CUUAACACAGAUGCUUCUGUCGCUGUAUGUAGUGUGUUCAUUGUUGCUGUGCAUAUGUGUGCUGCUAUGGAGUUUGGAGCGACUCGAGCGCAACAAGUACAGGGGGGUACCGACCCUCCCACUGCUACCGUUCAUUGGGAAUAUACAUCAAGUUCUCGGAGAUACACAAAAUUUGUUUCAUUUAAUGGAAAAUAUGGCCGCCAUUUGUGAACAGAAGCAGUCACUUUGUGUCUUUUGGCUAGGACCAUGUCCCAUAUUAGUGGCGCAACAUCCAGAUGAAGUCAAGUUGAUCACAAACUCUUUCGUGGAGAAGCCAUACUUCUAUGAUUUCGGCAGGUCUUGGCUCGGAGAUGGACUUGUCACUGCACCAGGGUAUAUAUGGAAGCAAAGCAUCAAAAGAUUAGCUGGAACAUUCACCAGCCACGUGGUGGAUGGCUACCAGGACGUGUUCAAUGUUCAGGCACAGAAGUUGGUUAUCAAUUUGAAGACUAAAGUGGGGAAGGAACCUUUCGAUAUUAUGCAUAUGUUGGCGUUUUCUACAUUAGAAACUAUUUGUCAAACGGCUCUAGGAGUGUCGAAUAUAUCAGAUAGUAUUGUGACGGAGGAAUACUAUGAGGCAUUCAACCGCUGCCUUGAGCUGAUGGUGUACAGGGGUGUGAACGUCCUGCUGCACCCUGAUGCCAUCUACCGACUCACUCCUGCACACAGGGAGAUGACGAAAUGCGUUGCUGUUCUGCACAAAGUUUCCGAUAAUGUGAUGAAGAAGAUACUUCUAGAACAGAAGGAUAUAAACACAAGUAAAACAACAGGAAACGAUAGUCAAGAUAAAGGGUCAAAGUUCAAGGCGUUUUUGGAAAUUCUGUUGGAGAUGAGAGAAAUAGACCGGAACCUGACGGAUUAUCAGAUCAAGUCGGAGGUGGACACCAUCAUAUUAGCUGGACAGGAGACGGUAGCCACUGCUUUCUUCUACACCCUGUUGAUGAUCGGAUGCAAGCCAGAAGUCCAGGAAAAGAUGUAUGCUGAGCUGUAUAGUAUAUUCGGCGACAGCAAGCGACCUGUGUGCAAGGAGGACCUCGCACGAAUGAGUUACUGUGAGGCAAUCAUUAAUGAAACACUACGGUUGUACCCACCUGCACCCGGCGUCAUGAGGUACGCUGACAAGGAUCUGAAACUGAAAUCCUUCACGAUCCCGAAGGGCACAAUCUGUGCCAUAAAUUUUUGGGGAGCGGGAAGAUCGUUGCAAGCUUGGGGACCAGACGCUAAGGAGUACAGGCCUGAGCGCUGGUUGGAAAUGCAGCCUCCUGGCAACCCUGCUGCAUUCCUCCCUUUCAGUUAUGGAAGACGAGCUUGUAUUGGUAAGAAAUACGCAAUGACGAUUCUGAAAACGAUGCUGGCCCACUGUGUUCGUGAGCUGGUGUUUGAGUCCCAGGCUGAGAAUUUGCAGCUAAAGGUAGACUUAGCCCUACGACCAGUCUCCGGCCAUCUUAUACAAAUCAAGUUGAGGGAAACUGAAAACUGUCGCAGGCAACUAGCUUAA